GCAUUACAGCUGCCUAUCAAUUAUGUCUGAGCCACGUUGAUUGAUAGAUUGUGCAAAUUUCUAGCAAAAAUGAAAAUCGUUGCAUUGACUUGUUCCCAGGAAACGUAGUGACGUCAGGACAAACUCGGUGUGUUGCAUUGUGGGUAACAUCCCCCUAGAAAUGCCGCGCCCUUCCUCCGUCCGCCUCACUUCGCCAUCUCCGGGCCCGAGAAGAGACGACUGGUUCUGACGUCCGCUGUUUCAACAGAGGCAAGAAGAAGACUACAGUGACUCUGAACCAAAGCCGUUACCAUGUUGUGCUCGAUCCUUCUGCUCACCCUAGCCAUCGCAGUGGUUCCCGGCCGCGUCAUCGAAGACACGGCGUCAGGCUUUGACUGUUCCAAUCUGCCGGAGGGAAAGUUCUACGGAGACGCGGAAGACUGCGCCACCUAUCACCUGUGCCUGGUAGGGCGCGCCUUCACGCUCACGUGCCCGGAUGGACUGUACUGGGACCAGGGCAAAAAAGUCUGCAAUCAAAAGGCCAAAGUGGCAUGUAAAUCCAGCCAGGUGAAACAAAUCUGUAUCAAUAAUCCCUGUCAGAAUGGCGGGACCUGCAGUGACGUCACGGGAGGCUACACGUGCGCCUGCGCGCCAGGGUGGCAAGGGAAAGACUGUGAUGAGGCUGACCACUGCUGGAACAAGCCUUGUCAAAAUGGCGGCGUCUGCACUGAUGACGGGACAGGGUACAAGUGCGCAUGCCUGCCAGGAUGGCAAGGAAAUGCUUGCGACGAACCGGACCCUUGUGCGAGUUUUCCGUGCCAAAACGGCGGCCUUUGCAUGGUAGCCCAGAAUAGUUACAACUGUAUGUGUCCUGUGGGGUGGCACGGCGUCAACUGUCAAGAUAAGGAUGUAGACCCUUGCCAGAACAACCCCUGUGAGAACGGCGGCAACUGUAUGGUCAUCGACAACAUCAUGAGCUGCGUCUGUCCCAUCGGCUGGAGCGGGAAGAACUGCGAAGUUUCCACCAGCUGCCAGAGUAACCCCUGCCUGAAUGGCGGCUUCUGCGUGCAGGAACCAGCAGGCUUCAGCUGCACGUGUCAGACAGGAUGGGUGGGCGACUUCUGUCAAUUCGGUUGCCAGGACCCGCCGUCCCUAUUCACCUGUCCUGACACCUGGUCUCUGAAGUGGCUGGACGGGACCGGGAUCCGACAUCUCACCGGGAACGACAGCGCUUACUGCGCAGACGUGUUCUGCUACCCUCCCUACUUCACUGGGUUUGCCGGUUCCCCGACCUACCUGCACGAACGUGUGGAGCUGGACCGCGUGCACGCGUUCCAGGCCCUGCGGUACAUGACAGAGAUCGGUCAGGACAUCAACUCCGAGAACGGGCUGGCCCUUCAGCACGUCUUCUUCUCCGUGCUGGACUACGCCGAGCGGCGCAACAGGAGCGGCGAGCGGGUCUGGAGGCAGCUCGGGCCCAUCCGCAUGCCCGACGGUACCUGCUGCCCAAAGUACGGCCUCGGCACCUACUACCGUGCCACGGAGGCCUUCCACUUUAUGGGGAUGCUGUGAGGACCUCAGCCCUGGAGAAUCCAUACUGAUGACGCGACGUGCAUUUCUAGUGAUCACAGUAGUAAAAUUUGUUAACUCGAUUCAAAUGUAACGUCCUAGGAGUGCUCUGUGCUUAAUCGGACUCGUGUGAUAGACUACUAUUUAGUUAGUAAACCUGACAUUAGCCCUCUUAGGCUAUAUUUGCUAUGUUUAAACAAGGAGUCUGGAGACACAGUAAAGGUGUACGGUCACACGUGGUGUGUUGGCGUGGGAGCGUAGGUCGUCUUCUUUGCACUCGUCAGUGGCUGGCAGCAAUUUACAAAUCCAACGGAUUAGACUCUAAUAAAACAGUUGUUUCA